AUCCAUUCCAAAACCUUUUAUGAACACAUAUUGACCUUUCAUUUUUUUUAAUCCUGCAUUUUUGGCACCAAGUAUAAGUUGCAGCGAUAAGUUUAGCAGUCAUUGAGGUAAGCAUGGAAGAACACCCUAAAGGGAAGUGUAAGGAAGAGAAAGGAGAGAUUCGUUAUAGAGGCGUGAGAAGGCGGCCCUGGGGAAAAUUUGCAGCAGAGAUUCGUGAUUCGACUAGGCAAGGAGCCCGCUUAUGGCUUGGGACUUUUACCACUGCCGAGGAAGCGGCAAGAGCAUAUGACAAAGCUGCCUAUGCAAUGAGGGGUCACUUAGCCAUUCUCAACUUCCCUGAGGAACAUCAACAGGUUGCAUCUCCUGCUGCUCCCCCUUCAUCACCCAACUUCCCCAAGGAACGUCAAAAUAUUGCCUCUCCUCAUCCUUACUCUUCACCAUGGUCAUCAUCAUCUUCACCUAUGAUGUCUGAGAAUACAGAGAGAACAAGUGAUGUGCAUGAAAAACUAGUUUUUGAAUUUGAGUACUUGGAUGACAAGUUGUUAGAGGACCUUCUUGAGACUUCAGAGAAGUAAACCCAGAAUUAUUGAAAAUUCAGAACUUGUGGAGGAUGGAACACUACUACUGCCACGCCUUUUUUUUCUCUCUCAUUAAUCAUAGAUAUCUUUGUUUUCCUCACUAUCCCUCCUCCCCCCCCUUUUUCCUUAGUUUCCCCCUAUUAUUUUUUCCUAUUUAUCUCCUGUGUUUUGUUUUCGGAACAAACAGAUGGACUCUAUGUUUAGUAGUCGGCUUUUUUAUUACAUUUUGUCUUUUUUCUUCCUUGUCCUA